CUGGCGUCAGGAUGAUGACCCAGGAAGGCUACAUGCAGCAAGAAGAAGAGUGGGAACGUGAGGGUCUCCUGGAUCCAGCCUGGGAGAAACAGCAGAGGAAGACGUUCACUGCAUGGUGCAAUUCGCACUUGCGGAAAGCGGGAACCCAGAUCGAUAAUAUUGAGGAAGAUUUCCGCAAUGGACUCAAACUCAUGCUGCUUCUCGAGGUCAUCUCAGGAGAAACUCUCGGGAAACCCGACCGAGGCAAGAUGCGAUUCCACAAAAUCGCCAAUGUCAACAAGGCGUUGGAAUUCAUCGAGUCGAAAGGCGUCAAACUCGUAUCGAUCGGCGCUGAAGAGAUCGUUGACGGUAACUCGAAGAUCACCCUCGGUCUCAUCUGGACGAUCAUUCUACGUUUCGCCAUCCAGGACAUCUCCGUCGAGGAGAUGACCGCGAAAGAGGGUCUCUUGCUGUGGUGUCAGCGCAAGACGGCGCCGUACAAGAACGUCAACGUGCAGAACUUCCAUCUGUCCUGGAAGGACGGGCUGGCGUUUUGCGCUCUCAUCCACAGGCAUCGGCCGGACCUUAUCGACUACGGAAAGCUCCGAAAGGACGAUCCGAUCCACAACCUCAAUCUCGCUUUCGACAUCGCCGAAAAGCAUCUCAACAUCCCCAAAAUGUUGGACGCAGAAGACAUGGUGUAUACGGCCAAGCCCGAUGAGCGUGCCGUUAUGACGUACGUGUCGUGUUACUACCAUGCACUCCAGGGCGCCCAACACGUAAAUGUCGGAUCGGUGGCGAUGCCCGACGAGCGUGCUAUAAUGACUUACAUCUCAUCGUACUACCACGUAUUCAGCGGAGCCAUCCAGACGGAAACUGCCGCCAACCGCAUCUGCAGAGUGCUCAAAGGAGCUCAGGAUAAUGAGCGUCUCAUGGAGGAAUACGAACGUCUUGCGUCGGAUCUCUUGGAAUGGAUCCGUCGGACCACCCCGUGGUUGCAGAACAGGACCACUGACAAUACUCUCCCCGGCACCCAGAAGAAGCUCGAGGAGUUUCGCUGUUAUCGUCGACAGCACAAACCACCGCGUGUCGAGCAGAAAGCCCGUCUCGAGACCGCCUUCAACACCCUCCAGACGAAACUCCGUCUCAGCGGACGGCCGGCGUUCAUUCCAUCCGAAGGGAAAUUGGUGUCGGACAUCACCGGUGCGUGGAAAGGGCUAGAAUCCGCGGAGAAGGGAUUCGAGGAAUGGCUUUUAUCCGAGAUGAUGCGUUUGGAGCGUCUCGAUCACCUCGCCAAAAAGUUCAAACACAAGUGCGACAUCCACGAGGAAUGGACUCAGGGCAAGGAACAGAUGCUGGUUUCCAACGACUUCAGGAACUGUAAACUCAACGAGAUGAAAGCCAUGAAAAAGAAACACGAAGCCUUCGAGUCCGACCUCGCGGCCCAUCAGGACCGCGUCGAGCAAAUCGCCGCCAUCGCCCGAGAGUUGAACGCUCUUGGAUACCACGAUGUCGCAUCGAUCAAUUCGCGUUGCCAACGCAUCUGCGACCAAUGGGACCGCUUGGGCUCGCUAACAACGAAACGUCGGCAGGCUCUCGACGAGGCCGAGCGAAUCCUCGAGAAGGUCGACCUGCUCCACCUGGAGUUCGCCAAACGCGCCGCACCGUUCAACAACUGGCUCGACCAGGCGCGUGAAGAUCUAGUCGAUAUGUUCAUCGUGCACAGCGUCGAAGAGAUUCAACAGCUCAUCCACGCCCACGAGUCCUUCAAGAACACGUUGGGAGAAGCCGACCGCGAGUACUCGAACAUCAUCGGAUUGUCCCAACAGGUUCAGCAGCUGGCUACACAAUACCAGAUUCCCGGAGGCCUGGAGAACCCCUACACGACGCUGACUCCGGGAAUGAUUCAGGCAAAGUGGGGAGACGUGAAGCAGUUGGUCCCGCAGCGUGAUCACACCCUCCAGAACGAACUGGUCCGCCAACAAUGCAACGAGAAUCUACGCAGGCAGUUUGCCGAGAAAGCCGACCAGGUUGGACCCUGGAUUGAACGCAAGAUCGAUGAGGUCAACUCGAUCGGCAUGGGUAUGAAGGGCAGCUUAGAAGUCCAGCUGAAGACCUUGCACGAAUACGACGCUGCCGUUGUGCAGUUCAGACCUUACGUCGACGACCUCGAGAGGAUCCAUCAACAAGUUCAGGAAGCUCUGAUCUUCGAGAACAAGUACACCAACUACACAAUGGAGACCCUCCGCGUCGGCUGGGAGCAACUCGUGACCUCGGUGCACCGGAACAUCAACGAAGUCGAAAACCAAAUCCUCACUCGCGACGCCAAAGGAAUAAGCCAAGAGCAACUAAACGAGUUCCGAACGUCUUUCAAUCACUUCGACAAGAAACGAACCGGGAGACUUACUCCAGAGGAGUUCAGGAGCUGUCUCGUCUCGCUCGGAUACAACGUCAGGAAUGCCGACGGACCCGAGUUCCGAAGGAUUUUGGCCUGCGUGGAUCCGAACAUGACCGGUUACGUACAUUUCGACGCCUUCUUGGACUUCCUCACGAGAGAGUACACCGAGCGUGACACCGCGGAACAAACGAUCGAUUCGUUCCGAAUUCUUGCCGGCGACAAGCCUUACAUAACCGACGUUGAGCUCAGACGAGAACUUCCACCCGACCAGGCCGAGUAUUGCAUUCGCAGGAUGAAGCCAUACCCCGGUCAGUCACGCGUUCCCGGCGGCCUCGACUACCGCUCGUUCUCUACUAUGCUCUACGGCCAGUCGGAUAUGUAA